UUAGGGUAGUUUCCGGUCUUCACGGUGUAUCCCAGGUGUGAAUGCAAGCAUUUUCACAAGCCGCCGUGAAAAAAACGCGCUUUGUCAAGAAUUACUAAAACUGUCUGUGAAUUAAAAUUGAUAUGGCGUGUGUAAUGAUUCGAAUAUAUUGUCGAUUUAUAUUAUUAUAAUAGAAUAACAGGAAACUACGGUCAACUGUUUAGCGUUAUUAUUCGUUUUAGCAUUCACUUACUACGUACGUGCAUCAUCAGUUAGAAAACACAUUAAGGAACGAUCCAAGUAUUUGGUCGGUAUUGAUGUCAAAUUAUUAUCAUUGCGCCGUCGUGUAUCGUUUAAAGAGAACAUAAGACCAAAUAAGCAAUUAAAUCUUAUUUGUCUUUUCGUUUCUUCUUUAACGUAUGAAAAUAAAAAGUAAACUUCUUGUCUAUGUAAGAUCGAUUAUUAAGCAUUAAAAGCCGCGAACGAGCGGAUGUUAACAUCAACGGAUUUUGAUAUCAAGUUUUGAUAUGCCGCUUCUUCGUAAGCAACCGUUUCAACGUCUUCACGUCUCCUCCGACUUUAAGGACGACGAUGAGGUUUUUCACUGUGAAAUUACUAAUGAAAUUUUCAAAGAUUACAAUGAAUUUUGCGAGAGAAUUAUUCUAUGCAAUUCUCUCAUAUGGUCAUGCAGUAUAACAGGAAGAACUGGUAUGACAUUUGAAGAAGCAUUACAAUGCGAGGAAAAUGCUAAAAAAAGCCUGAAGGAGUUUCCAAUGGAAUUACGGAUUCCUAUAUUAUACCUUGCCAGUAAAACAAAUAGAUCGUCUUUUAAUGAAAUGGUAGAAGAUGUUUACCAAUUUGCAAGAGAUCGAUAUUUUGUUGGUGAAAUGGUUGAAGCGAGUUUCACUGAAGAGUCAUGGUGUGAUUGUCAUGUUCUUCAGGUUAUUGAACCAACAGAGCAACAAAUUAAACUUUAUAUUAAAGAUAUUUGCAGGAGUCUGCAAGAACAUCAAUAUCAUCCACCAGCCAAGCUAUUUCGUUAUGAAGUAGAGCAACUGGAUUGUGGGGAUUCUGAUGUUACACAACUUAUGAUAGUAGAAGCUGGACAAGUAAGAAGACGCAAACAGCAGUAUAGCAAAGAACGUAACAAAAUAUUUCUUCGUCAACUCUGCGAACAAAAUGAAAAUGGUAUAUGGAUAGUUAAGGAGAGUGUCUUACAAAAAUAUGGUAUCAGUAAAGUACGUUUUGAUACAAUAUUUACUGGACCUGCACCUGAUUUUUCUAUGCGGACCAAAAAUGUAACAAAGCAUAAACAAGAAUCAAUAGAAAAAUUCCUUACUGCAGAUGUAUCCAAGCACAGAACAUUUGAGAAACCUGAUCCAUUAAAAAAAGUUAAUGAAUCUGGAAUAAUUGUGAAAAAAUAUAGAAAAUCAAAAACAAAUGGCAAAUUUAAAGAAGACUUAAAAGCUAAAGCCCUUGAAGAAAAAGCAAAACGUCAAGAAGAAAGAGUAUUGAAAAGCGAACGUAAAAAAGAAGAAAAACAAAAAUUAGCGGCUCUUGCUGCAUAUGUCAGGCAAUGGAAUAAGCCAAGGGAAGAUCUCGAAUGUGAAGAUCUUUAUUCUAUUCCAGAAUCUGUCCCAAUUAAUUCUAGCAUACCUAAUGAAAAGUUUGGUGAUUGCGUAUUUAUUUUAGAAUUUCUUGAAUUUUUCAAUGAAGAAUUAGAAGUUACUUCAUAUUUUUCUGGUGGCUUUAAUCUUGAUUUAUUAGAAAGAUCAAUGUUAAUUAAAGAGGCCUCUGGACCCUGGAGCGAUUUAUUACAGUUACUAUUGUCUAAUAUUUUUAAAUAUCAAGCAUCAGAAGAAGAUGAAAUUCAUGCACAUGCAUCAGAUUUAGUAGUUGAUAUUAAUAUAUACGAAGGAGUAUCGUCUAUGGAAAAAUCAGUUAAAUUAGCUACCAUUGCUUCUAAAUGGUUUCAAUCACAACAUGGGUGCAAAUUAUCAGAGCUCACAUUAGAUCAUACAACAUUAAGUGAGAUUUUAAGACAGCAUUUAUUAAGUUCCGGUGGUCGAAUAAGUGAAGCUGCUUCAAAAUGGCGUUAUUCUCAACGAGGUGGAUAUACAAAUCUUGAUGAUCCUGCACUUCUCCUAAGAAUAAAUCAGACAUAUAUUUUGAGAUUGUUAGGACAUCGUAAUGUUUGUGAAUUUGAUUUAGAUGACAAAUUAAAACUAGUAACAUGUCUCAUAAAUCAAUUACUUACAUUUGCUUCUAUACGUGAUUUUAUUGAAGAAAGAUAUGAAAAACUUCAACAGGCAAAAAAAGAAUUGAAAUCAUUUAUAAUUGCUGAACAAAAAAAAGGAAAGGAAGAAAAAGAAAAAUUAAAAGAUAAAGAAGGGAAAUUAGACGAAGAAGAACAGAAACCGAAAAAAAUUACACGUGGUAAUUGUGAGGAAGAGAAAAAAAAAGAAGAAUAUGAAUAUAAAUUAAAAGAAUUACAGCAAGCAUCUAAAGACGACAAAAUGAUGGUAUAUUUAGGUGCAGAUAGAGCUCAUAGGAGAUAUUGGAGAUUCUUAUCAAUACCAGGCUUAUUUGUGGAAAAUGAUGAAUGGUGGCCAGGAAAUUGUCUUCCUGAAGGAACUCCAUAUAACCCAGAAUUAAAAGAUAGAGAAGCAACAUAUGCAUAUUUAAGGAAUAAAUUUGAAGAUGAAUUUAGUGACAAGGAAAAUAGUUUUAAAAAAGCUAGAAAAUCUCAAAAAAAAGUUUCUUUUUCGGAGAAAAAUGGUGUAAAAUCUUCUAAAAAAGAUUUGAAACAAGAGAUAACAGAUAUUAGGCAUAAUUUAAUGGCAUGUACAGGAGAUAAAAAUUGUCCUAUACAUCGGAAGAGAUCUGGACCUAAAUGGAGUUUUUACGGAAAAAUAGAAGACAUACAGAUUUUAAUAAAUGCUCUUAGUAAAAGAGGAAUCAGAGAAAGUGAAUUACGUAAUAAUUUAGAGCAUGAAAUGUCCAGUUUAAUAUCUGUAAUUGAAGAAUGCCCUAGACACAAAUUAAACCCUGAAAUUUUUUCAGAACCUGUAAAAGAGCAGAUCAAUAAGACAGUGAAGAAAAAUAAAUAUGAAAAUGCUAACCUAAAUUUUCCAACUGAUUUGUCAGUUGAUAAUGUAAUGGAAUUGACAUUAAGAGAUUUUAUUUUGGAUUUUGAGGACAAAAUUAAAGGUGGUUGUUUGGGAAGUUUAAAAGUUGUUAAUCGAGAUACUUGGAGAAAAGCAAUAAAUAAUGAGAGCUACGAUAAACAGUGUGAAAAAUUAGUCUAUGGUAUUAAUGAAAUUGAUGUAGAUGUUGUUCCUAAUACUAUAUUGGAUAAAGUAAAAAAUGAAUCCAAACAAAGUAGACCUGGUACUCCAGAUUCAGAAAUUGGUAAUAUUAACACAAAAAGUUACAAAGAUCCGGGAAAAUAUCUUGGUCCUCAAAAUAAAAAUGAAAUUUCUCCAGAUCAAAAACAACAAACUAACAUUAAACAAAUGGCUUGUGCUAUUUUACAACUAUCUCAUGCUAUAGAGCAACGAUACUUAAAAAAACCUUUAGGUACAGAUGAAAAAGAUAAAAAGUGGUCUUGUGAAGACGCUCGAGAAAAAUGGGAACAUUCUCUUAUGGCUUCGACAAGCUGGUCUCAAUUAUUUGUGCACUUAAAUACUUUAGAAAAUAGUAUUGCAUGGGGUAAGAGUGCAUUUAAUGCACAGUGUCGAGUAUGUCGAAGACGAAGAGAUGCAGAAAAUAUGCUACUGUGUGAUGGAUGUAAUAAAGGCCAUCAUCUUUAUUGUUUAAAACCAAAACUAACUGCUGUACCUGAAGGGGAUUGGUUUUGUUCUACUUGUAAACCACCAGAAAAAAAACCAAAAGAAAAAGUUAAAAAACGAAGAAAAUUUGAGGAUGAAAUUGACGAAGAUUUAAUUUUAACCAAAGAAACUCGACAUAAUCGUGCCAAACGUAUUCCAGAAAGCGAAGAGGAAGAAGAUCAAAAUAAAAAUCAAAAAGAUGAAAUGGAAGAAGGAAGCGAUGAAGAUGUGGACAAGUCAAUUGAUGUAUGUUCUUCAUGUAAAAGUGGUGGGAAACUAAUCAGGUGUGAUAUUUGUUCAAAUCAUUUUCAUUUAGAAUGCAUUGAGCCUCCUUUGUUGAGAAUGCCAAGAAGCAGGUGGUCUUGUGUAAAUUGCAAAGAAAGAAGAAAACCUAUUUCUAAAUUUGUGAGGGGGCGUGAAAGGGAAAGAGACAAGGAGAGGUUGUGCGCAGCAGCAGCACGCUCUCGUAUCCAUGGCUUUGCCAAGAACCUCCUCACUACAGAAUCUACAGACUGGGAUGAUAGUAAUUCAGAUGAUACAGAACCAAGACAAACUCGUAGAGCAACAAAAAGAGCUGCAGAAAACAACCAAGAAGAUAAAACAAUUAAAGGAUAUAUGACAAAGUUACAAGAUUUAUUAUUAGAUAUCAGACACCAUAGAGAUUCGUGGCCCUUUCUUUCUCCUGUUACUAAAGAUGAAGUUCCAGAUUAUCAUGACAUUAUAUCCAAUCCUAUGGAUUUUGGUACAAUAAAAUAUAAACUUGCUAAUGGAGUGUAUGAAAACGUACAACAAUUUUUUGGUGACUGUCACUUAGUCUUUGAGAACUGUCAAGCAUAUAAUCAGGAACAUAGUUCAGUUUAUAAUUACGUUUACAGGGCAGGUUCAAGAUUAUUGAAAUAUUUUGAGAAACGAUGCAAGGAAAUAGGAUUGAAUUUUGAAGAUGACACAGGACAGUUAAUGGCUAAAAAGCCAAAAUUAAACAGGAGCGAUACCAAUGAAAAUGGCAUUGAAAGAGAAGAAAAUUUCGAAGUUUUCAAGAAGAGAUAAAAACAACGCAUGUUUUAUGUUUCACUCUGAAAGAUUGAGUUUGCUUAUUUAAAAAUGCAACGUUUAAGUAUUUAUAAAAUAUUCAAUCGAAUGCUUAAAUAAUAUAAUAAUAAUUACUAUCUACAAAUUGACACAUCUGAACAAGUAGAUCCUGCUAAUUCAGAAUACAUUAUAUUAUGCGGUACAUGUGUGGUUUCUUUUUACUAAAUUUUCAGAAAUUAAUGUAAUAGCACGUAUUUUUUCUUUCUUUUUUUCUUUUGUUGAAACUCAACUAAUUUACAAAGAAUUAAAAUCUUUAGGCUGGGCCUACGCAAAUAUAUGGUACAAAUUAUUAUUCAUUACAAUACUGUACAGCGGUUAUUGAGAUAGUCCUUUGUAACUGUGUAUGUUUUAUACAAUUAAUUUGGUAAUAAACAUUUUCAAAAUCAAUCAAAUGUU